UCAGUAUUAGUUUUUGAAGUAUCUUUGCAAUAACUACAACAUUACCAAAAUGCAAAAAAUCGCCCUCUGUCUUGCAAUUUUCUUGGUGACUUACCGGGUAGAAGCAGCAAACGAAGUUCCUGCUGAAAUCCGAGAUUUGAUUGCGGGAGUACGUGAAAAAUGUCACAGAGAAACUGGUGUUGAUAUUGAACACGUUGACAGAACGGUAGAAGGUUACUUCCAUCCCAGUGAGACUCUAGGAUGCUAUUUCUCGUGCGUUUUCAAUCAAUUUAAUUUGCUUGAUCAUGAUGGUCACUUAAAUUUUGAUGAAGUUUUGAAAAGAUUGGAGGGUCUCGAAUCCUUUAAGGAACAUGGAACCGAGAUGAUUGAAAAAUGCCGUCAUUUGACUGGUAAGAACCCGUGUGAUUCGGCGUUCAAUCUUGUUCAAUGCUUCCAACAAACCAACCCUGAGAAAUUCUUCGUCAUCUAAGAAGAUUUUGACCUUACAUGAAAAUAUGUAAACGAAAAACUUAUACUUAUAGUUUUAGUAAUAAAUAAUACUGGCAUAAAAAAAACCUUUCUUGCAAUAAAAUAAAUCAAGUUUACUUUUAAUCAACUUUCGUGUAACUCAUGUUAAAAAUUUGUGAUUGUCUCUUUCAAUUUAUAUGAAUAAUAAAAUGUUCACUUAUGAUUAAAUAAUAAAAUGAAAAUCAGCAAA